AUGCGCAUUGAUCUGCCUGAACAAACCUCCACCUCAAGGAAGAAGAAAACUGCCUCAAAGAAACAGAAGUCUGCCUCUCCACUAUCUCAUUCUCGCACCCCCUCAUUUAACUCCGCUGACUCAACACUUCCUCAAUCUCCACAACUCAGUAACAAUCCAUCAACACAUACUGCCGCUCCUUCAGUUGAGGAUGCAGUUGAAGAAAAUCCUCCACAAAGUGUGGAGAAUGGUGAAGACUUAUUCUUUGAUAUGAACGUAUCAUAUGAUCACCAUUGUUCAAAAAGCCCUCAUAGGAACAUGCAUGCGGAAGAAUCCACAUUACCAUCUCAAGUAAGUCUAAACUCUUCUCCUAUCUCUCCAAAUAUUGCUCCAUCUAAUUCUGAUAUGGAUUUACAAGAAAAAUCUAAAUCUCCUUUGGCUCCACAUUUUGAAAAUUUCUCCAAGGAUAAGGCUAAAAGAUCACAAACCAAAAGUGCACGUGAUGAUUCAACAACCAGCAUGAAAUCGGUAGGAACUGAGAACAAAAAGUUUUUAAAGCUACUAAAGACCAUUAGGAAAGACCAAAAGAAAUUGUUGGUUAACUUUUCUCACUUUCAAAAAACCAUCGCUCAGUUUGGACUCAUUAGGGAAUGGGUUACCAAACACUUGGGUUCAUCUGCUGCUGCCAAUGACCAACUUCCUGUGCUACCGGCCCAGUUCUCCUUUGUCCCUGAUGACUCUUCAUCAUAUAGUGAAAGUACCUUGACUCCAACUCACCGAGAGGAAAUGGUCACACCAAUAUCGGUUGAAGAGCACAUCGCUAUUAUAAAGGAGCGAGAACCCGUGAUUAACAUCCCUUUUGCAGAAGCACUAGAGCAGAUGCCGACAUAUGCUAAGUUCAUGAAGGAUAUUCUGUCGAAAAAAAGAAAAAUCCGCGGUGAAAUAGUUAUGCUUACUGAAGAGUGUAGUGCUAUACUACAAAGGAAGCUGCCACCGAAGCUCAAGGACCCUGGAAGCUUCUCAAUCACUCAAGGACACACAGCUGAUGUUACAGUUUGCAGACCGCUCGAUGAAACACCCCUAUGGAGUGAAAGAGAAGGGUGCAAUCGAAUCGAGAUUGUAGAUGAGAUAGUCAAUGAAGAAAUAAAGCAUCAAACACCCAACCUGCCAUUAGAAAGAGUUUUAUGUCUACCCCAAGAUGUCGUUCAAGAAAGUGAAGACCCAAAGAUGAAAGAGGUGUUGGCCGUGUUAGAAGCAUCGCUAUCCUACUCCCCCCGUUUUCCUACUAGGUGGGAGGACUUGAAAGGGAAUGAAGACAAGUCCACGGAGAAAAAGACACCACUGAUUGAACUCAAGCAGCUGCCUCUUCAUUUGAAAUAUGUAUUCCUGGGUGAAGAAGAAAAAAAUUCAGCCAUAAUCAGUGCAAGCUUAAGCGAGUUACAAGAAGAAAAGUUGUUGAGAAUUCUGCGGAAGCACAAGGGCGCUAUCGGUUGGUCCAUUGAUGACUUGAAGGGAAUAAGUCUGACUUUUUGUAUGCACAAAAUCCUCAUGGAGGACAAUCACAAACCAGUAGUACAACCCCAAAGGAGAUUCAAUCCGGUAAGGAAAGAAGUGAUCAGCAAAGAGGUGGUAAAGCUACUAGAAGCCGACCUCAUAUACCCAAUUUCAGAUAGCUCUUGGGUGAGUCCCGUCCAAGUGGUACCAAAAAAGGGCGGAACGACUGUCAUCACAAAUGAAAAGAACGAGUUAAUUCCUACUCGAACGGUUACAGGAUGGAGAGUGUGUAUUGAUUACAAUAGAUUGAACAGUGCCACGAGGAAGGAUCAUUUCCCGCUCCCUUUCAUUGAUCAGAUGCUUGAGCGGUUAGCCGGACAUGAGUAUUAUUGCUUCCUAGACGGCUAUUCAGGAUACAAUCAAAUAGAUGUAGCACCCGAGGAUCAAGAGAAAACUGCAUUUACAUGUCCGUAUGGGGUAUUUGCUUAUCGAAGAAUGCCAUUUGGACUGUGUAAUGCGCCGACCACAUUUCAAAGGUGCAUGAUGUCCAUAUUUUCUGAUAUGAUUGAGAAACAUAUCGAGGUAUUCAUGGACGACUUUUCUGUAUUUGGCUCAUCCUUUGAUAAUUGUUUGAUUAAUCUAUCUCUUGGGAUCGAGGUAGACAAGGCCAAAGUUGAAGUGAUUGAAAAACUUCCCCCUACCAACGAGAAAGGCAUUAUAAGCUUUUUAGGCCAUGCUGGAUUUUAUAGAAGGUUUAUAAAAGAUUUUUCAAAAAUUGCAAAACCACUUACAAACUUACUUGCGAAAGACACACCUUUCAAAUUCAAUGAGGAUUGUAUGCAUGCUUUUAACAAUUUGAAAAACCAGCUGAUAACUGCCCCCAUCAUCACUGCACCUAACUGGUCACUACCUUUUGAAAUCAUGUGUGAUGCAAGUGACAGUGCUAUUGGGGCGGUUCUGGGACAAAAAAAAGACAAGAUGUUGCAUGUGAUCUACUAUGCUAUUCAUGUUUUAAAUCAGGCACAACACAAUUAUGCUACAACUGAAAAAGAAUUAUUAGCUGUAGUCUAUGCUUUUGAUAAAUUUUGGUCUUAUUUAUUAGGAUCGAAAGUUAUUGUUUACAUUGAUCAUGCUUCCUUGAGGUAUUUGUUUACUAAGCAGGAAUCAAAACUACGGUUGCUUAGAUGGAUUCUAUUACUACAAGAAUUUGACAUUGAGAUCCGGAAUAAAAAGGGGUCAGAGAACACUGUGGCUGACCACCUAUCUCGAUUGGAGAAGGUUGAGGAGAAUGAGGACAUUAGACCGAUUCGAGAUCAAUUUGCUGAUGACCACAUCUUUGCCAUUACCACGGUACCUUGGUUCGCCGACUUUGCUAAUUUCAAGGUGGGGGGUACAAUCCCAUCUGAUUUCACUUACCAACAACGAAGGAAGUUUAUCCACGAUGCCAAAUUCUAUGUAUGAGAUGAACCCUUUCUGUACAAAAGAGGAGUGGAUGGGCUGUUGCGAAGAUGUGUGCCCGAGGAGGAACAAGAAAAGAAAUGCGAUCGAUGCCAGCGCACUGGUAACAUCUCAAAAUGGGAUGAGAUGCCGCAAAAUCCUGUAUUAGAAGUAGAAGUGUUCGAUGUGUGUAUUGAUUUCAUGGGUCCAUUCCUAUCGUCAUAUAACAAAGUUUAUAUCUUGGUGGCGGUGGAUUAUGUCUCAAAAUGGGUUGAAGCAAUAGCUACUCCAACAAACGAUUCGAAACAGGUUAUCACCUUUCUCAAGAAGAACAUAUUCGCUCGCUUCGGCGUGCCUCGAGCCUUGAUUAGUGACGAAGGCACCCAUUUUCUAAACUGGAAUAUGGAAUACCUUCUAAAGAAAUAUAAUGUGCGUCAUAGAGUGGCAACCCCAUACCAUCCACAAACAAGUGGGCAAGUUGAAGUCUCCAACAGGCAGCUUAAACGAAUCCUAGAAAAGACAGACCGAAUGGCAACCCAACAAAAAGCAAAAAGAACUAAGGUUGCAACUACAUCUUCCGCCCCACAACACGAUGCAUUCCUUUUCAAGACCAGGGCAACACAGGAAUACCAUGCCAAACUCCCAGCAGUCCACAAGUUUGUAAGCGAAAAAAAUUUUCAGUUGGAAGACGAUGAAUUUGUUGACAUCCAGGCUAUGAUUGCUUCCCGAGGAUGGGAGAAGCUGACCACAUUUGUCACCACAGCGAGCAAAUCAUUAGCUGUGGAAUUCUACUCUAAUGCCUCCGAUCUAAAGUCUGACCAACGAUUCCCAUUUGACCAAUUUGGCACAACCAUUCUUGAUCCCCCGACAGGCUACUUCCAUCACGCCUCCCUGAUAGGCAAAUUAUGUGAGUUGGUGCGAGUGGUACCAAAACAAGGCGAAGAAAUGUUGAAACCAGCUACUCCAAUCACUGCAAGAUGGAUAACAAAACACUCUAUGAUUCCAGCAGACCAUCCUGUUGCCCCACCAGCAGCAAUGCCAGCAGAGGAAAAUACUGAACCACAGGACCCACAACACCACCCUCCACACCCAUCCUAG